AUGCCCGCCGCAGCAUCGCCCGAACCGGCGACACCGAAGCACGAGAAGAAACACAAGAAGGACAAGUCGUCAAAGUUGGAAAAGAAGCGGGCGCGCGAGGAGGAUGCCGCGUUGGCAGAUGGCGAGAGAAAGCACAAGAGAUCCAAGAGCGUCACCGCAGAUGCAAUUGCCCAAAGCCAAGAACUUUCCGGAAGUCAAGAUGUGACUAGCGAGAAAAAGAAGAAGAAGAAGGACAAGAAAGUCAAGCAUGAGGGAGAUGCUGGCGGCGAUGAUGUAGCGGCAGCCGACGCAGCCAAGUCGGACAAGAAAAAGAAGAAGAAGAGCAAGCACCACACGGAGGAGACGGAAGGACUUGAGGGAAAGGAUGGCGAGACAAAUUCAAACAUCGAGGAAUCAAAAUCCGAAAAGAAGGAUAAGAAGAAGAAGAAAAAGCACGCCGAGGUCACCGAUGAGGUUGUAGACGCCGUCAUCGCAAAGAAGUCAAAGACGAACUCACAGCUCACCACACUCGACGACCCCGAUGCCAUGGACAUUGACGAGCCUUCCACUUCAACAUCAAAAUCCUCUACAGCGUACCAGCCACCAGAUAUCCCUGCGGAUCCCCAGUUCCCAUUCUUCAAACAGACCGUCUCGCUAUACGAGCCUUUGUACCCGAAUGGAUGGGCCCAACCCGUGACAAGCUGCCAAUACCAGCACCUGCAACAUCUGCAAAACAAAUAUGUGCCAUCACUGCGAGGCGUCCUACUCGACUACAAAAACGUCGCGCUAGGCCCCGAACCCGGGCGAGACGGUGCCGCCACUGAUGACGAGACUCCCACCACUGUGGUAUCGAAGGAAUACGCCGUCGGUUUUGGCUGGAUCACGGCCGACGUGGAGCUCUUUGUUCCCAGUCGAGGAGCUUGGAUGGAGGGUAGCGUCAACCUGCAGACCGAAGGACACAUUGGCGUUGUUUGUUUUGGCAAGUUCAACGCGUCCAUUGAAGCCCGACGACUACCCCCGGCGUGGAAAUGGGUAUCCAACGAAUCGCCUGAGGCUCACGGAUUCGAAGAGACAGCGUCUGUCAUCACAGCUGACGACCACGGCGUGGUUCGCCAGAUCCACAGCACAGGGUUCUGGGUCGAUGGCAACGGAGACAGAGUCAAGGGCAAGGUCCGCUUCAGAAUACGCAACUUUGACGCCGGUACGAGCGGAGAUACCAGCUACCUCAGCUUGGAAGGCACCAUGUUGGACAAGGAUAGCGAGAAGAAGCUGGUCAAGGAGGAAGCGCGCACAGCACAAAUGAGACGGCAGAAGAAGGGUGGACACAAGAUUGAGCGACGAAGAGCACCCGACUUUAGCAUGACGCGGUUUGAAGAUGUAGAGGCGGCCGGCGAAGGGGACGGACAGCAGCUGCAGCAGGGAAGCGAAGCCAUGCAGGAAUCAUAG